AUGGGUUUUCUAGACAAAGUAAAGGAUUUCGCCGGCAACAACAACGACGACAACGGGAACAGUGGUUCUAACGACAACAACUUGUUCUCGAAGGCCGAGCGCGCUAUUGGUCAGGACAACGUGGACAAAAUCAGAAACAAGGUCGGCGGAGACAACUAUGACAAAUUCGAGAAGACUGUGAGAGACAAGUUCUCCAACACUUCCAUCAAUGAUGACAACAAUUCGAGCUCGUACGGCAACAGCAACAACGACGACUCGUACGGCAACAAUAACAACUCGAGCUCGUACGGUAACAACAACAACGACGACUCCUACGGCAACAACAACAACGACGACUCGUACGGCAACAACAACAACAACAACAACAACAACUCGAGCUCGUACGGCAACAGCAACGACGACGACUCGUACGGCAACAAUAACAACUCGAGCUCGUACGGUAACAACAACAACGACGACUCCUACGGCAACAACAACUCGAGUUCGUACGGCAACGGCAACAACAAUUCGAGCUCCUUCGGAAACAAGUCUAGCUACGGUAGCAACUCCUACGGCGACGACAACAACGACUCGUAUGGUAGCAAGAAGGACAAGAAUGACAAGAAGGACAACAAGUCCAGCUACGGCAGCAGCUCUUACGGUGACGACAGCAACGACACCUACGGUAGCAAGAAAGACAACAACACUAGCUCCUACGGCAACAGCUCCUACGGUGAUGACAACAACGACUCCUACGGAAGCAAGAAGGACAACAACUCUAGCUCUUAUGGCAACAGCUCCUACGGUGACGACAACAACGACUCCUACAGAAGCAAGAAGGACAAGAAGGACAACAAGUCUAGCUACGGUAGCAGCUCCUACGGUGACGACAACACCGACACCUACGGUAGCAAGAAGGAAAACAACUCUAGCUCUUACGGCAACAGCUCCUACGGUGACGACAGCAAUGACACCUACGGUAGCAAGAAGGACAAGAAGGACAACAACACUAGCUCCUACGGCAACAGCUCCUACGGCGACGACAGCAACGACUCCUACGGAAGCAAGAAGGACAAGAAGGACAAGAAGUCUAGCUCUUACGGCAACAGCUCCUACGGCAACGACAACAGCACCAGUUCGUACGGUAACGACAACAAGUCCAGCUCCUACGGCAACGACAACAGCACCAGUUCGUACGGCAACGACAACAACACCAGUUCAUACGGCAAGAAGUCCAGCUACGGCAACGACAACAACACUAGCUCCUACGGCAACAGCUCCUACGGCAACGACAACAACACUAGCUCCUACGGCAACGACAACAAGUCCAGCUCCUACGGCAACGACUCCUACGGAAACAACAACAGCAACAACAACAACAGCAACAACAACAACAACAGCUCCUACGGUAACAAUACCAGCUCCUACGGCGACGACUCCUACGGCGGCAACUCUGACUCUUACGGAAACAACUCCAAUUCUUACAACAACGAUUACUGA